GCAGCUGCUGACGCGUGCCGCUGCUCAGCACCACGCAUGGCAAACGAUCUCCUACACCAUUUUCCAUCGGUACUGGACUUUUAAUGUCAACCACAGACCUUUUGUGGGGGAAUAUACUUGUUUUCAUCUGAUUAUAAAGAGAUUUUGACUUUCCCUCCUCUACUCAAAGUAAGCCUUAUUUUGUCUCGAUCUCUGAAUUGUAUUUUGCACCUUACGCGCAGGUUUAACGUCGCUCUCCGGUAGUUACAGGCUAUGUCGGACAAAUGUAAGAUACCUCUAACACAGUCAUAAUAGCCUUUAUGGUUUAAUAUACAGCCCAUUUAGGUUUACAGAUAGUGAAGGCCAGCUUAUUUGACAUGCGUAAAGCGGUGGCACCAUUCCCGGCAUUACUGUGCUUGACGCACCAUUUCUGAUGUGUUUGCAGUGUCGGAGAAUAUCAUACGUUAAUAAUAAGCGCUUUUAAAAAGGCAAGGACGCCGGAGAGCUGACAAGAACAAUAUAUCACCGUCCGGUGUCAGCAUAUUGGAGGAUCUAAUUACUAAUAGGUGACCGCUCCACGCGAAACAACUUGUGCUUGAAUGUAGAAUUCAGUCUCCCUUUUGGAGCUGGCUCCUCACAUGGUGCACAUGGACGCUUUACACAAUUUCAGUGAGUUCUCCUAUGUUCCUAGCACAGAUUUAUUUUGCGCAUAGGCUAUAUAGACAGUUAAACCACAGUCAUUUUCAUUUAACCAAUUUUUUGUAUGGAUAUACUCUCUAACCUUAAAGUGUAGUGGCUUCUGAUUCUGCUUUUGUUCCAAAGUAAGCACAAGGAGGUAAGGUAUUUCUUCCAAACCAGAAGAGUCAAAUCUGCAUGUGGAUUGUACACAAUGGAGUCCCUGGACCAGAGUUGGUAUCCCUUUUCAUCAGACCUCAACUCCUCUGGAGCCCCAGCCUCGCCCUUCCUUUAUUCCUACCCACACUUCUUAAACAUCUCCUCCAACAUGUCUGCUCAGAGUGUCCCCUUUCAGGGCAGCAGCACUCUGAUGACAGCAGUCAUCUCCCUCACAGUCUUCGUGGUGGGUCUGACUGGCAACACUCUGGCCAUCUAUGUGGUGCUGCGCUAUGCCAAAAUGAAGACUGUCACCAACAUCUACAUCCUGAACCUUGCUGUGGCCGAUGAGCUCUACAUCGUCGGGCUCCCCUUCCUCACCACACAGAAUGUUCUCUCCUAUUGGCCAUUUGGUUCCUUCCUCUGUCGCGUUGUCAUGACUGCAGACUCCAUGAACCAGUUCACAUCUAUCUUCUGUCUCACCGUCAUGUCCAUGGAUCGUUACCUGGCUGUGGUGCACCCGAUUCGCAGCACCAAAUGGAGACAUCCUCGCGUGGCCAAGGUGGUGAGCGCAGCGAUGUGGGCCGUGUCCUUUGUUGUGGUACUUCCAGUGGUCAUCUUCUCUGAUGUGCAGGACACAUUUAAUUCUUGCAACAUGAUCUGGCCAGAGCCAAAGGACUUGUGGUCAACAGCCUUUAUUAUCUACACUGCCACAGUGGGCUUCUUCGGGCCGCUGCUCAUCAUUUGCCUUUGUUACCUGCUCAUUGUUGUCAAGGUGAAGUCUUCAGGAGCGAGGGUGGGCUUCACCAAACGUCGACGAUCAGAGCGCAAGGUGACACGGAUGGUGGUUGUGAUUGUGGUGGUGUUUGUGCUCUGCUGGCUACCGUUUUUCAUCAUCAACAUGGUCAACCUGGUGGUCAUCAUUCCCGAGUCGAGCACUACUGCUGGGAUCUACUUCUUUGCUGUCAUCCUAUCCUACGUCAACUCCUGUGCAAACCCUUUGCUCUACGGUUUCCUGUCAGACAACUUCAAACAGAGCUUCAGAAAGGUUGGCUGCUUUAAAGUUCCCAUGAAAUGGCCAUUUCAGUCUUCCAUUAAAAUAGAGGUGCUGUGUGUGAGGAGAAUGAGGUGCACAGCUAAUGGUGUAGAUGACGGCGACCCUAGUGCCCCUCGCACUGAGAAAACCACAGCACAGGACUGUGUCCUGCUCUCCCCUCGCAACGAGUUCUACCAUGAUCCCCAGAGCAGCCAGAUCUCUCCCCACCCGUCUGGGUCACCUACCUCUCACGCAGCAGCAGACCUGCACCCUGCCGCCCCUACAUGUCCAUUUACCUCCAACUGCCCAGGAACUACCCUCAUCAUGUUAAACUCUAUGGCAACAUCUGAAAUGACUGCACCUGAGCCUCCCACUAUCACGGCCCUGACAACUCCGUCCCUUUCUGCCUCUGUAGCUCCACAAGAACAAUAGCCAACAGAUUCUGGAUCUCAUACAACUGAAGAAACGUGUGGAUGAGCUGAGGAGGAUAAACAUGAGCAACUGUAAGAAUGAAAGAAGAAAAGUUGGAUUUUCUGAUUUAAAUGUCAAAACUAAUGUGAUAUUUCUUGGACUAUAUUUGUCAUACAGGGUCAUUUUUAAUGCAUUGAGACAUUUAUGCUCCACUUAAGUAUUUUUCUUUACAAAGGUCCAUUUUGUAUGUCCACCCCCCUGAUAUAAGUGCCUUUCAGCUUCUUGCAGCAAUCAUUGUAACUGCUCAGAAAACAUACAUUUAUUCUCCCUUCAUUGUUUAGCUUUGUGUCAGUGACUCUUGCGACACGUUACAGUAUCUUUAUUCAGAGCUACAAAACCCAUUUCAGAUUUAAUGAUAAUAAUAUUUACUGCAUAUACAAAACAUCUGAAUUUUAUUUGGAGAGUAAUUAGUGCUGCAAAACAAAACACAUGUCAUCUUGUUUUCUGUUUCAUUUCCUCUUAUUUCUAAUUAUGUACUUAAUAUGAGUAAAUCAUAUCAUAUAAACAUCUGUGUAUCUUUGUGGAAAGAGUGUUAUCUUGUUUGCGUGUAAUGUAGAAAGAAAGCUUGUUUGCUGUUAAUCAGUAAAUGUAACUAUUGUGUGUUAUGUGUGAUGUGUUAGUACGUUAAUUUGUGGCUGAUUUGCACUGAUUUGACAUGCAUAUUUUCUAGCUGCAAAUGGUUUGAUACUGGUAAAUCCAGAGCUCAUAGCAACAUACUGCUUCGGGUGCUCAUGUGUGCUUUGCUCAGUCCUGUUUUACCGAAGAGUAGAUAUUGUGUUUGUUCAGACUGGCAGCUCAAACCUUUUGGCUUUUUCAAUAACUGUUUUUUCAUAUAAGCUUAUAUAUAUUACAUAUUGCGUGUUGUUCUCUGGUUACUAUCAUAUUACAGUCACAAAAGUAAUUGUUUAUGAUUGGCUAGUAGCUGUGGUUUAAAUCUGUUUUCAUGUCAGUUACAUCAGUGACGCAGUUAACCAUCGCAAAAAUGCUUUGGUGAAUAUCACAUUUCAACCCAAGUGAAACACAUCGAAGUUAAAAUAGUUGUUUUGGCCAUAAAACCCAAUAUCUGGAUUAUUGCCUGUGUGUUGCUAAUGAUUUAUUGUCACAAUAUCUUGGAAAUAAACAAGCAUUUUGUGUCACAUCAGUAACCAGCUAAAUUUAUUUAAAAAAAUAGGAUUAAAUUAGUCACAGAAAUGGAGUUUAUUUAUUGAAGAAGCGCGUAAGUGUGAGUUUAUUAGAAGGGUUGUGCCUUUCAGUCACUUUUUUUGCCUGAGAAGAAAGAAUAUUCAUUGGAAAUGUCCAGAUGCUCACAGGACAAACAUAACUGAGAGGAGAAUAUAACUAAUGGGAGCAGAAUGAAAAAACAAAACAAAAAACAAAGCAAGUUGUUUAUCAUAAUGCUUUUACAUGCAAAUGUGCUGAAUAUUCUGACGUUGAUAUUUGUUAAAAUGUGUCCAUGUUUAACCUUUGUGUGGGGAUUCUUUUAAAUAAAAUGGUGU